GGCGGGGAAAUAAUGGCCGCAAAAGAGAGAGUAGACUUAGAAAUGACUCCGCGUCAAAUUGAAUAUUUUAUUAAACUGUAUCGGGAACACGAAUUUUUAUGGAAUCCCCGUCAUGAAAAUUAUAAUUUGCGGUCAGUGAGAGCUAUGGCUCUGAAGGAAAUUGCUAGUCAAAUGGGAACUGGAUGGACUGGUGAGUUAGUCCAAAAACGGUGGAAUACCCUGAAAUCAAACUAUGCUCGAGAGACAAGAAAAAUCCAAGAGAGCAUCCGCAGUGGUGCCAGUAUCGAAGAAAUCUACACUCCCACUUGGUGGUUAUUUAAGCCUUUAAAUGACUUUCUACAAGGUACCUACCACCCAAGGCACCCAAGGAUUAAAAUGGCAAAUAUUUCGGCACAUGUUAUGAAUCCUUUGGACCAAGGAGAAAUGGACGAAUCUGUCACCAGCUGGCCUGAUGAACACAGCUACCUACAAAACAGAGAUUCUGACUGUUGGAAUGGAGAUGCUUCUAAUGUGAGUCAAGACUCACCACGUCUUACACACGAAGCACAACCUAACCCAAACAUUGAGGACUUUCCAUUAAUGCCACACACACUCUUCAUUAAGCGGUCGCUGUCACCGACGAACAGUGACAAACCCAAAAAGUCAAAGUCAGUCAACCACAUUGAAACUCGUAGUGUACAAGUUCUUAACACGUGCGACGAUAUAUUUAAUGAGUUUAAAGAUCCCACACCAUCGUCAGUCCAGGUUGACGUUGAUGAAAUGUUUGGCAAAAUUGUAGGGGAAGAGUUGAGGCAGAUAAAAAACGAGUCGGACAAAUAUGAACUGAAGAUUCAAAUACUGAGUCUGUGUCGUAACUUUAAAUUAAAACGGGUGAACAAAGUGAUCCAGACUGAGCAAAUAUCAACAGAUGUUUGGCAAUAUCCAUCUUAGAAGGCCGUUGAGGCUGGUGCUCUACCGCUUGUAUGUUUUUACCUCUUGUGUUGUCUAUCUUUAUCUCCUUCAUCAUACCCCACUCCCUUCAUUUGCUGACACUCUCUUCUGUGACAGACAGAAGUCAUUCUGGGUUGUUUUUUUUUUUUUUCUUGAUCAUUAGUUGUUUAUUGGCUGCCUUGAUGAUUUUGGAAGAUAUAUUCCGAGCCACCAGUUGGCUGCCUCAAAAUACAAAACAACUCCUCACCCACUCAAGUAUUUUGCAAUUUAAAUAACACAACAACAACAUCUUUAAAAAACGAAUAAAUUUUUAUGGGAAUCCAA